AUGCGUGUUGGAUCCCAGGUCUAUUGCAAAGGAGAGAACGACGAGUACAAGCUGCUUCCAAUCCUGAGAUCUGAAAACGACUACAUCGAAGAAAUGGCCAGUAAUGGCUACUUUGUUGCGGUAUCAACCAGACGAGCCAUUUCCAAGACAGACAUUGAAUUUCCAGAGUCUGUCGCAGGUCCAGAAACGGUUCUUGAUUGUGCCGAGAUCGUGAUGCAGGAAAGAGAGAGUGUUAUGAGACUUCUGGAUGAAGUAGCAACGGGUAAUGUUGCAGAGUCGACACAGCCAACUACUGUUGCGAGCAAGAGUGAUAUCUGGGCCAGGGCCAGUGUUAGCUCAGCCUCUUCGAUCUCUCUGGAGGAUGCUGACGACCUCGACGCCGAGCCUUGGUCGCAAAGAGAUCAGGCUCUGGACGCCGAAUCAGACUCAGAACACACUGAUGAGUUGCUCUAUUCUUCCUCUGAUAGCGUCAGCAGUAAUACCGCUUAUACUUCUUGGAGUGAGGCAUCCACAGAGUCCCUGUCAGAGGAGAUGGAGGACGACGAGCAGUGGAAUGAUUGGGGAAAUGAGCGCAUCACUCUAGAGGAGCUACAACAUGAGAGAGAGGAACUUUCUUCUGAGGCCGAUUCGAGUGACUCGGAUGAUGAGAAUGCUGCCUUAUUAUCGGACACGGAAAUCAAAAGCAAUCUGUCGGAGGAACACAACGCCCAAGGGUUCUUUGGCGACCAAGCAACGCUUCAAGAGGCUUAUUCCGACGUCGAGAGCCGUUACUCUCCUAGCGAGUACAGCGCCUGCUCAGACAGCCAAGAGGGUUCGGACAACGAAGAACGCGCCUUGUUUGAGGAACUGCUACUUGGUAACAAGACCACCAAGGGUGAAGGAACCAAGCGAACGAACAUCCGGAUCUAUGAUCCGACCAGGCUGACGGAUGAGCCCAUUUUCCACUACACCUGCUUCAUCAAGGGCGGUUUAUUUGGCUCCCCGCCAGCCUUUCACCCCUCCAAGCCUCUACUCGUCUGGCCACUGGGCGACGGGGAAAUUCUCUUUGCAAACUACGACCGCAAGACAUACUUCACUCGCGAGUUGUGUCGCUCGCAGUCCCGCAGUUGCCAUAUCUUCAUUAAAACACAAUUCUCUCGUGACGGGCGGCAUCUGCAUUUUGCCGCACUGGAAGGCUCCGCGACAGAGAAAAAAGAGGGCGAGCCAGAUUCCGCACUGCUGAGUCUUCAAGUAUCGACCCAUCGACUGUCAGACUCAAAGACCGCAAGGAGCCCGCCUCGUUUAGUCUUCCGCACCACGGUGGAUCUCGGCAGAGUGACGAACAUCCCAGUGUCCAACCUGCCCUACUUCUUGACUUGGACAGACGACGAGCUUUUCUUCACACAACGAGAUCGGAAGCUGGAUAUCAUUCGCAUCCCGCUGUUCCGUUCACCGGAUUCAACCGAUGCCAAUGUUUGCUCCCUCCAGGAUCCGAUUUUCCUGCCGCGCUCGGUCGAGGCCCGAAAUAUGUAUUUCUUCCCAGCACGGGAGGCUCCUCCAAAGAGUGGACGCAAGAAGGAUGAGAAGUCUGCCACCUUGAUUCUUGGGUCUUAUUGCAGUCUUCCCACGCAAGGCGUGGUAGUCCCUAAACACAUGCAUUAUCCUCCUAUUGCUGCUUCCCUUCGCGAGAACCAGGAUCUGACAUGGAUGUGCAGGGCCGCCUUCAAUGAGACGCGCAGCUCGCAGCCCGUCAACUCUGCGUGCGGUAGACUGAAGGGGAAGUUUGAGUCCUUUGACCGUGAGGAGGACUGUGAUAUUGUACCGUACUUGUAUUGA